UAUAGAUCUUAAGUAUUAUUGGAAAUAUAACAUAAGUGCUACAAAUGAGCCUUAACUUGUAUGCGUUUACAGUACUCCGUAGCCAAACUGCCAUCCAGAUCCUAUUGAAUCCCCCAUAUAUUUGACGUCAUAGGUCCGAACCCCCUCAAUUCAUUCUGAUAUCAUCGUGCUGAUCCCCUCACAUAUAUAGCAGUGCUUAGCUAUCCAUUUUGUAAUUUCACCCGUAUUUUCACUACUUUAGCCUUCCACAGUCACCAUGGUUCGCAUCUUCAUAACCGGCUCCAGCGACGGCAUCGGUCUCGCGGCAGCCAAACUCCUUGCCGACCAGGGCCACUCGGUCGUGCUCCAUGCCCGUAACGCCGACCGUGCCGCAUCCACCCGAGAGGCCGUCCCCAACGCCUCAAACGUAUUAAUCGGCGAUUUACGCUCAAUCUCCGCUACGAAGAAACUAGCCUCAGAAGCCAACGCCUUAGACCCCAAGCCAUUCGAUGUGAUCAUCCACAACGCAGGAAUCGGGUACGGCGGCACGUCCAGCCGCGAAAUCACAUCCGACAAGAUCUCCGCCGUGUUCUCUGUCAACACCCUCGCACCCUACAUACUCACCUGCUUGAUGCACAAGCCCACCUCCCGGCUUCUGUUUAUGAGCUCGGAUAGUCACUACGGCGGCGACGAGAGCUUGCGUAACGUAACGCAGAGUCACUCGUACAGCGAUAGCAAAUUACACGAUGUGAUGUUGGCUAAUGCGUUUUCGAGGCGGUGGGGGAAUGAGAUUCAGGUGGUCAGUAUGCACCCUGGAUGGGUGAGGACUAAGAUGGGAGGGAGUAUGGCGCCCGGAGGAACUAGUACACCGGCUAAGGCGCUGGCAGAAUGGGCGGCCGGGAGGGGCCCUCUAGCUGCGUUGACGAGCGGGGCAUUCUUUACCACAAGUGGGGAAGAUUCGACACACCCUGGGGCAGGGAGUGUGAAUAAGCAGGAGGAGCUGUUGAAUAUCUGCAAGGAUGUUUCUGGGGUGUCGGUUCCGGGGGAAUAACGUGGUGUGUCAGACAGUCAGUGCGUCGGGAGUUCUACGUGCAUUGCCCUGCCAUGAUCAUCUUGUUAAUAUGACAUUCUAUUUCCAUAAAUAGCUUGUAGGCUUAUGUGUACUGGAAUCUUACCUGUCACUAUAUAGACUAUCCUUUCCACUUAGUGCUUCCCUCUCGCCGAGGAGCACCUUGAGGCGAACCCUGAGCAGGAGGUGAGUAGGGUAGGUAGGCUUGAGGAAGGUAUCCUCGAUAGAAUUGCACAACGCUAAAGUUUCAUCCGAUAUUCAGCUCGUCGGCUGCCGAACCUUUUCCGCCUCUUCCCACCAGAAAUACAAUAUAGAACGGGAAUUCGCCGCUGGCCAGCUGGCUUUUGAGUCAUGGGGACACGUUACCCGUAUAUCCUUUCUCUUUGCCGAACUGCGUGCAUUUAAUGGAGAUUCAGUCGACCCGGGAACGUUGUGUAGGGGUCAGUUAGUGGUUGGUAAUUUAGGUCGGCAAAAAUACUGGUUCUAAUAAAUAGACAAUCCGCCUGGGCCGUGAAUCAUUACAGGGUU